AUGAGUGUUAGCAAAUGGAGCAGCAGUGGCGACGAAGACGACGGCUCCGUGUGGUCUCCUGCGCGGUUGGCAGAGGAAGGCGUGGCUUACCGCGUCGUAAACGUCCUGGGCAGUGGCUUCGUGAACGACCGUAUUGACAUUAAACGACUGGCGCUAUUAGUGCGCAAUGCCGACUACACACCACGUAGUUUCAAUGCGUUAGUCAUGCGCUUCCGAGCGCCUCGUGCGACAGUUCUCAUCUACCGAAGCGGGAAGUUUGUGGUGAUAGGAGCUCCCAGUGUCGAAGACGCAAAAGUAGCGGCAGAAAAGUUGGUUUCGAUUUUAAAGAAAGUGUCGUUUCCAAGCGACAGCAGCCCGUUUACGAUUCGUAACGUAGUGGGCUCGACCGAUGUCUGUUUCAAGAUACGUUUGGAAGGCUUGGCACGGGAUCAUCUCCGCUUCAGCACGUACGAGCCCGAGAUGUUCCCAGGGCUAAUUUACCGCAUGUUGCGCCCCAAGUGCACCCUGUUAAUUUUUAUAUCCGGCAAAAUUGUCAUUACCGGAUGUGAGAACCCUGCCGAUGGAGAGAAGGCGGUUGGGAAAAUCUUUCCUGUUUUGCUGCAAUACCGGCUCCGUGAAGGCGGCUCUGAUGAAAGCAGCGACGAGGAUGACUGA